AUGCUAUAAACAGGAUCGAGAUGGCUUCUGGGACAUGGCAGAGUGCUUGCUACAGCUCCGGGACACGCUAAAAGUGCAUAGAUUCCCAAGAUAGACGCUGAACCGGCUGUUGGGCUUCGGAAGCGCAGGCCGGCCCUUCUUCUGGCGCCAGCAGAUAGAUAGCCGCACUGCGGAGAGGUGCAGGCUGGGUACUUCAUCCACAGGGGGGUCGUCGCCAUGUGGGCUCGGAAUCUGUUCUCUCGCACGCUCGCCCGACACCGAAGCUCGCUCUCCGCACAUUCAGCACCUUCAGCACAUCCAGCACGCCCAGCACACGCAGCACACGCACUGACAAGCGCGAGGAUGGCGUCGACACUCCCCCGCCUGCCCAUAUUCGAGGCCCUCAAGAAGCACGACGGACACAGCACGGCCAUCGUCCACUCGCUGUCCGGGCGGCGCUUCACGUACGGCGAGCUGGUCAACGAUGUCGCCGCGGCCAAGGACCUGCUGCAACGCAACACGGGCGGGCGCAGCGCAGAGGGGGAGCGCAUCGCCUUCCUGGUGGAGAACGGCUACGACUACGUAGUGACGCUGCUGUCCAUCCUCGCCGCCCACGCCAUCGCCGUGCCGCUGUCGCCCGCCUUCCCCGCCCACGAGCUGCGCUACAUCGUCGACCAGAGCGAGGCCCUGGUGCUGCUCUCGUCGGCCAAGUUCCGCGCCCAGGCCGACGAGGUGCUGCGCGAGGGCAUGGCCACGGCCCCCGUCCACUACAGCCGCGACAAGAUCAUGCUGGGCAAGACGGACGACUGCGUGACGCUCGAGGACCCCGCCAGCCCCCACGGCGGCCUGAUGCUGUACACGUCGGGCACCACGAACCGCCCCAAGGGCGUGCUGCUGGCCCAGGACGUGCUGACGGCCCAGUCCCGGUCGCUGCUGGCCGCCUGGCACUACACGGCCCGCGACGUGCUGCUGCACCUGCUGCCGCUGCACCACAUCCACGGCACCGUCAACGCCCUGCUGACCCCGCUGUUUGCCGGCAGCACCAUUGAGUUCCAGUUCCCCUUCAACGCCGCCAAUGUCUGGGAACGCCUCGCCGCCCCCUUCCUGCCCGCCCCCGACCCGGCCAAGCAGCCCAUCACCUUCCUCACCGUCGUGCCCACCAUCUACACGCGCCUGCUGGCCUCGCACGCCGGCCUCACCCCCGAGCUGCAGGCCGCCUCCAAGACGGCCCUCCACCCCUCCAACAUGCGCCUCAACAUCUCGGGCUCGGCCGCCCUGCCCACCCCAGUCAAGUCUGCCUGGUCAGAGCUCAGCGGCGGAAACGUCCUCCUCGAGCGCUACGGCAUGACCGAAGUCGGCAUGGCCCUGUCCUGCGGCCUCACCUUCACCGACCGCGUCGACGGCUCCGUGGGCUGGCCCCUCCCCUCUGUGCAGGCGCGCCUCGUCGACACAGAGACGCACCAGGUCAUCAACGAGGGCGAGGAGAUAGACCCCGCAACAGGCCGUGAGCGCCAGGGCGAGAUCCAGCUGCGAGGCCCCACCAUAUUCCGCGAGUACUGGAAGAACCCCACGGCCACAGCCAAGGAGUUCACCGCCGACGAAGACGGCCAGGGCAAGUGGUUCAAGACGGGCGACGUCGCCAUCCGCAGACCGGUCGACGGCGCGGGGAAGAGCGCGCAGGAGUGGGCAAGGGGACCGUGCUACUUCAUCCUCGGCCGCUCGUCGGCAGACAUCAUCAAAACCGGCGGUGAGAAGGUGUCGGCGCUGGAAAUCGAGCGCGAGAUGCUGUCCCUGCCACAGGUCAGCGAGGUCGCCGUCGUGGGGUUGCCUUCGGAUGCGUGGGGCCAGAAGGUCGCGGCCGUCGUGGUGCUGUCUGAGCCUGGGAAGACUGCUGGGAAGGGCGGCAAGGCGUGGUCGCCGCUAGACAUGAGGAGGGCCUUGAAGGAGGUCCUGGUCAACUACAAAAUACCCCAGGAGAUGAAGGUUGUGGACACGAUUCCACGGAAUGCCAUGGGCAAGAUCAACAAGAAGCAGCUGGUCAAGGAGAUUUGGGGGGAGCCGUUGGAGGGUGCUAAGAAAGAGGGAGGCGCCGUGCAAGUACCGAAUGGGAGUGUAUGAUAUUGUUCGUGUAGAAUUGCAAGAAAACUUCCCCCUUUUAGUAUGUGGGGAUCGUCGGAAUGGCAAAAGUAUAGAAUGA